AUGGAUAAAUCAGCAAAUAGACCGGGCGGCACAUCGACAGAGCCUAGCCACUCAUCUACCGGUUCCCGAAGCCAACUACCCUCUCCUCAACCUGUGUCUGUCUCAUCCUCCACCUCUCUCUCGGAGCAGAUGAAUCAAUCCAAGCAAUCAUCAACGAACAACUCAGUCGCUCCGUCUCCCCUAGGGUCCAGAGACCCUUCCCCAAUCCGGCUUUACCGCCAGUCGACCACGACCCAGCCUUCCUUCCCGCACAGUCGGUCGCGGAAAAACAGUGUCGUUGAUACCAGCCCUACCCGCGUAGCUCGAUCCGGCCUCCCGCAAGGCCACGGCAACUCUAGAACCCUAACCGCUGCCAACACACCAGCUCUCCCUCCUGCCUCCCAGGAGCCAAAUGUGCGAGGCCCGACGCCCCAGAAGCCUGCCACAUCAGACCAGACCCGAAGCAACAGUCCUCGAUGGCCAAUAUCCCCUCGUCUACGCUCGCCCCCGCCACAGCUAAACAGAGCAUCAAUAGCACAAUCGAUACGCGCCAACGAGACGCCUUCUGUAAUCUUGCCGCGAGGGCCAACUGCUACGUUGCCACCACCCUCUACUGAUCAGGCGCAGAUGUCAGAGAGCGAGACUGAGGAUAUUCAACUCCAGUCGGGUCUUCGAACCCCCGCCCACGGCUCCACUCUCGAGACGGUACAGGAAGUGAGCCUUCCCAACUCGCCCAAGCACAUUACCGACGCCGCCAUGGAGCAAGUAAAAGAAAAGCUCGCCUCUGAGCUUGUAACCCAGACCGAGGGCGGUUACACGACAGAAUCUAAGACGCUGCGCGCAAGACCUUUGUUGUAUACUGCAGAAAGUGGAAGCGAGAGUGGUAGCGUAAAAGUCGAAGGUCGAAGAACAGCUGGAGGCAUUACCGCGCCCCCCAUGAUGUCGAGGCAAUCGAGCUCCAUGUCGACGAAAGCCGGCAAGACCAAGCCCGAGGGUUCUACUCAGAACAUGACGGUGGAAACAGAAACUGUGAUAUCCGUCCCCAACGUCGCCCUUGCCCCUGCCGGGCCACAAGGAGGUAACGGCACUCUGAGGACGCGGCCGAGCGCGGAAACUAUCAAACCGAAGAAGGAAAAGAAGAAGGGCAGUAGGAAACAGCCCGCCGGUGCUGCAUCGUCCAAGGCCGAGAUAUUCGAGGCUAAGGUCGCCAGUGCCGUCGACGAGGCGGACGAUUCCGAUUCCGAGGAAACCUUUGUUUAUGACUCUAACCCCCCAGAUGACCGGAGGCGCUUCCAUUCUCGGACGCCUAGUGCGACUUCGAUGAUGAGCCAGGCGGAGCGUGCUGCGGCCAUGAGGUCUAUUCACAGUGUUAUGGAAAGCGCCGGCCCUCCUGUUAGCGUCAGGAAGAACAUGAAGUUUGCGAGCACCAUAAAUAGCAGCACCGCGGAUAGCCUUGCUCAAGGUGAAGAUGAUAACAAGGGCGUCGGUCGUAGCAGCGCCGGCUCCGGCAGAGGCACAGCUCGCCAUCACCAUCACAUCGGCCGAUGGGGUCGCAGUGGCCACCCUUCAUUAUUCGAUAACGAGUCGCCGUUCCCUGCUGCCCAGCGAACAAAGUUCUCGCGCACGCCCUCCAAGCAGUCAUCGGCACCACCUAGCCCGAGGAACUACGUCCGCAGCGGCACAAACGGCAAGAGAGCGCCACCGUAUGUAUCAAACAACUACGACUUGGACGAUACGACUGGCCCCGAUGAUGAGCGAACGCCUUUGAUUUUCUCCUCUUCCCGAUCGUAUAGGUCUACGAGAGGGAGACGAGGACCCAUCUCUCAACGCCAACUCGAAUCCCAAUCGUACCACUCCCCUCCAUCAUACCUCAACCGCCUUGCCGCGUGUCUCGUUGUCACUAUGAUGGUGCUUCUCGUCGUUACUGGCGCGAUCAGCUUCAUGUUCGCCACGUCCCAACCGCUAACGAACAUUGAGCUCACUGGCAUUCAUAAUGUCAUCGCUAGUGAACCCGAGCUCAUGUUUGAUUUGACAGUUAAGGCUCACAACCCGAAUAUUGUGGUGGUGACAAUUGACAAUGCAAAUCUGGAGAUCUUUGCUAAGUCUAUCCAUGCUGGUUCGGAUUCGGAAUGGUGGAAGCAUCCUCAAGGCCCACCAGACGGCGGACGGCGCGGUGGCGGCAGCAAGGGAGAUAAAGGAGUGCAUAUUUCCGACGACCCUCCGACGGACAUGCCUGAUGAUGACGCUGCACCGAACAUGCGCUUGGGAACGAUCACCGAGUUUGAUAGUCCCCUAAGCUUCGAGGGCUCGUUCUUCCAUAAGGGCAUGUCUUCUUCGACGGGCGCAAUGAGAUUGCAUUUACCUGGCAACCAGACGGCUGGGGGUUCUGAGCGCUGGGGUCGCAUUCUCCAGGAUGAGUUCGACCUCGUUAUCAAAGGCAUUGUCAAAUAUAACCUUCCACUAAGCCAGAAGACGAGAACCGCGUCCAUCUCGGGUCGGACAACUGUCAAACCGAAUUCGGCGAAUGACCCCUCUUUGAAGCCCAAUUCGACCCGGAUUGAUAUCCACCCCGUCGCAAUUGAUGGCGGUCCCGAAUAG